GUGUGGUGACACGGGUCAAUGAAAGAAUCGCCUCACAUACCUCACAUAUAUGUCCAGCUCCGCAAACGCAAUACAAAACGGCAAACAAACGUGCUUCACACACAAGACACAUCCAGGCAGUCAUCCAUCCAUCCAUCCAUCCAAGACACUCUCGCACCUCCAUCCACAGUCAGCCUGUCUGUGUGGGACGGCUGGCAUGGUCCCGCCAUCCUCACUCACAAGCAGACAGCAGACCGACGGCCAUUCUCCCCGACCACGCCAGCCACACAGUCUGCCUGCGGUGUGUGAGUCGACACACAUCCACACGCCCCACACUUAUAGACACACAUGUACAGCAGACAGCCGGCCACGAGACGUACACAAAUGCUCCCUGCGUAUGUCAAGGUGCGCACACAGCCGUCCGUCAGUGGCGGCGUACACCCACCCAUCCACCGCCCCGGCAUCCCCAUCACCAAUCACCAAUCACCAGGCUGCCCCAUCCCAUCUAUCACCGCUCCGGCUGUGGGUGAGGGUGGGGCUGCCGUCUGAGCCGGUCAUGUCGAUGCCGACUCGCUGGCACUCGGCCGCGAUGGCACGAUACACCAACUCACACAGCCCCAGAUUACGACGACCCGAACCCGCCGAAACCGACCAACACGGCAGACGCACCGCCCCGCCUAUUAUGUGCAUCUGGCCCGUCCGCGCAAACCGCCGCUUGACACACUCGACAUGGUGCGCCAGUUUCUCGUUGAUGCGACGGCUCAGUGUGGCCUCGCCGAUGGGGAUGAUGGGCGGCACCUGCCGCUGGUGGUAGCUCACGAUCCGCCGGGUGAUCUCUUUGGGUAGGGGAUGGGUGGGGUCGUGGGUCGGCCAUUCGCCCGUCUUGGUGAGCCGGUUCAGCCGCGCCUGAGGUGGGUCGAUGGCCUCGAUGGCGUCGUCAACGGCCCGAAGGACGAGGCGGGGAAGACGCUCCAGCAGAUACACCCUAUACACACGCAGCAGACGGCGGGCCCACGAUGGCUGGCUUGGCUGGGUGGCGGAUGAUGUGGCAGUGCGUCUGGACGCUGCCUUGGGCGGGUCGCGAGGGGGCGGGGGCAAGUCGGGCAACGCCGCCCAACUUUCAAGCAGGGCGAGCAGCGUCUCCUCGGUGGCAGCAGGGUUCUGGGCGGCGAGCUCUAGGGCCGUGUUGGGGCGCCCCACCGGCUCCUUGACCAUCUCAGCCGCCCGGUGCUGCAGCAGGAAGCCAACUGUGGCAUUGGGAUGCGGGGCUUCACAUGCAAGCUGCAGCAGGGUCCGCCCCCCGUUGUCGCGUGCCAUGGUGCAUGAGGCGAUGCCGCUAGUGAUGCCGCCGUAGUGGACGAGGUGGUUGAGGGUCUGUCGCUGCAGCAGGCCGUCGUCCAGUGGAUGGAUGCAGAACCACUGCAGCGGCGUCCUGCCGCUGUGGAUGUCCAACUCCCUCGCCAAUGACCGGGCGACAGCCAGCCGCCGCUGCGUGACGUCCUGCUGCUGCUGCUGGGGAUCCACGCAAUGUGGCAGCAGCCGGUCGACCAGCCUUGCCUUGGCGGCCGGGUCAGCCAUGCACUUGGCGACCUCUCGCAACAGCUGGAUGCCCCUGACGACGGGGUGCCGCUGCUGGAGAAGAGCCUCUGCAAUGUCGAGCCGGACUCUCUUGAUCGCCAGCUUGAUCGGCCAGCCGCCGUCCACGUCUGUACCAGCCUGGAUGAGGGCUUCCACGACCUGCCGGGCGAGAGUGUCGUCCUCUAUCUGGAUGAUGGCGAGUUCGAUCAGGGUGCGUCGGGUGCCGCCCACGUGCACUGUCGCCAUGACGUCGCACGACGAAGCACUGAUGAGGUCGGGGAGGGUGGCAGGUGCGAUGGUGCCGUUGACGAUGCUGGUGGCGAGUUCCUUGGUCGGCUCGCUGGUGUCGGCAUCGAAUUCGAGCGCACCCAAGCUGUUGACCGGCCCUGCGGCCAGCCGAGGCGCUGAUGGCGGGGGCAGCCGGCCAACAAACCCGCCGACACCUCGGAUCUUCGUCCUCCCAGCUGCAUGCAUGCCUACACCCACGUGCAAAGACAUGCGCGAAUGCAUGCGUGUGUGUCCAUCGUCAUUCCGGUUGGGUGAGUGUGUGUACCUUGCUUUGUGUGGUGUCUGGGUGGCGGGAGUGAUGGUAUCGGCGGCCUGAAGACGCCCUUGCGCGGGACAGCCGAGAGUCUGGUCUCGCCACCUGCAUGCAGAGAAAACCACAUGGAUGGACGUGAAUGCAUAACUGUGUCAAAGCUGGUAUGUACCUUCCUGGGCGUGGUGCUUGGGGGACUUCGAGCCGCCCCUGCGCAAGACGGUAUGCCCACGGGGAGGUGGCGACGGGGCCGAGGGUGCAGACUGGUCAUCUGCACGCAGGAACAGACGGGUGCUCGUGACAUUUCUUGCACGCAUUUCUCGCUUACCAUCGCCGUAGAAAGGUGCAUCCUCCUCGCUUGAGCGAGACGCAGCAGCAGCAGCAGCAGCAGCCUGAAUGGACACACACACAUGGUUCUCUUGCGUGAGUGGACUCGUCCUUCGUUUGUUGUCUGUCCAUCUGACUGACCUGCAGCUGCAGCUGAGCCGCAACUUGCACUGAUCGACAUGUACGUACGACACACAAAGGACACCAAACCAUUGAUGGACGCGCUCUCACCUCGUUUUCCCCUCCCCCCUUCCCAUGCGUACCUGUGGUGUCCAGCAGAGCAUCCACGUUGAAGUUGUUGGCGCCUCUCGCGCCAGACCAAGAGCUACAGGGAACCUGUCCGCCCCCACCCCCACCACCGCCCUCUCCGCCGACAACAGCCUCAUCAUUGCCCGCCGCCAUCCCUUCAGCGGCCUCGCCUCCAAAUACACUGCUGGCGUCAGAUCUCCCUCUCCUUGUGUGCCGGUGUGGCCGGCCAGCACGAUGAGGCGCGUCGUGUCGGGACCACGGGAGGCGUGUGAAUCGAUGACGAGUGUGUUGGGGAUCUGGUUGGGUGUGGCAGUGAGGAGGGCCUGGUAUGUCGGGGGCAGAAGGGAGGCGGUCACGGGGGCAGACGCGACUUCCUUGAAUGCGAGUGUGUCGUCGGCUGUGGGGUGGGUCAGGAUCCUUAUGGCGGCGUACUGGGAGAAGGUCGGGUACAUGCACUUGGCACCGAUGUCCUCCACCACCUGCAGCACACACAGAUGACCACACAGAUAAGUUAAGUGCGCCCAUUCAUGGACUGACGUGUGUUCCCCUCUUUGCUCACGGGGUCGGCGCUAGAGUAGUGCCUGCGAUAGCGGUCGUCCACCCCUCGCUCCAUGCUCCCCACCACACGGAAGCGCCGAUCCCCCAUGCUAAACUCUGCCGCCCCGCCGCCGCGCCGCGCGAUGCUGAUGCCCAACCCGAGAGCGCUGCCGAAGGCCGCAAACUGGGCGAUGGCCUGGGGCAUCCCGCACCGAGUGACGUCUGCCGCACUGGGGAAGUGCUUCUGGAUAGAAGCCGGACAGAUGGCCAGCUCGUGGCGGCAAAGCUGCCUCCUGGUAGCCAGCUCGAGGGGCUGCUCCCACCUGUCCCAGUUCCUCAUCUCCUCCUUGAGCUGCGUCACCGUCUGCGUGUACGUGCCCAGCGAGAGGCCCCUUGGCAUCCUUGUCGGGUCGGUCUCAGCAUAGAGCAGCCGGGGCACGAGCUCAG